GGGGGCCGUCGGAGACCUCCACACUUUUCAGGAACGAACCAGACCUACACAUUCUUCUCAGAACCCGCAUUCUUCAUCGUUUCCACGGUCGCUUGGUUCAGAAAAGCUAAAAAAUUCUUCAAACUGCAACGAUUUAAGAAAUACAGCUUCUUAACAGACCAAAAAAGAAAGAAGUUCUAGAUUAAUGGCGAAGAGAACUGCCGUUUAAAAAGAGAGAAAAAAUGACAUUGCCAAGGUUUGUUGUUCUCAAAUCAAUCUAUAACGACAAGUACUUGCGCUACAUACAUGAAGAUGGGCCAAUACAUGGGUUUCUCCAAUUCUCCGAAAAGGAGGUUUCCAGUCCCUAUGCAAAGUUCGAAGUGGAGAUGGCAAAGACUAGUAAUGCGAAGGGACUUGUGCAUAUAAGAUGUUGUUUCAACAAUAAAUACUUUGUAAGGUGGACGCCAAACCACUGGUGGAUUGUUGCUGGGGCUGACGAACCAGAGGAAGAUCAAUCCAAAUGGCCCUGUACAUUGUUUGAGACCCUCUAUGUGGAUGGUGCUAUUCAUCCAACAAUAGAAAAUGUUGGUCAAACAAUUCGAUUUCGCCAUGUCCAGCUCGGCCACUACGCAUGCUUAUGGAGGGCAGCACCCCCGCACGAUUCAUGUUUAUUUGCAGGAUCGCCAGAUUUUGACCAAGAUUGGUGCGAUAUCUACUCAUUCAUCGAUUGGGAAUCACUGUCAACACCCACACCUGCAACGUUUACAAAAGAGAAAAUAGCGUUGCCAAGGGUUGUGGUGCUUAAAUCAAACUACAAUGACAAGUACUUGCGCUACAUACAUGAAGAUGGGCCAGUGCAUGGGUUUCUCCGAUUCUCCGAAGAGGAGGUUUCUAGUCGGUACGCAAAGUAUGAAUUGAAGAGAGCUAAGACUAGUAGUGGGAAGGGAUGGGUGCAUAUAAGAUGUUGUUACAACAACAAAUACUUUGCAAGGGGGUCGGCGAAUGACUGGUGGAUUGUUGCCUGGGCUGACCAACCAGAGGAAGACCAAUCCAAAUGGUCCUGUACCUUAUUUGAGCCCCUCUAUGUAGACGAUAGUGCUGCUCAAACAACAAUUAGACGUGGUGGUCAAACAAUUCGUUUCCGUCAUGUCCAGCUCGGCCACUAUGCAUGCUUAUGGAGGGCAGCACCCCCACAUGAUUCCUGCUUAUAUGCAGGAUCACCAAAUCCUGACAAAGAUCAGUGCGAUGUCUACACAAUCAUUGAUUGGGAAUCGCUGCCAAUAUUGCCACCGAAAGAAGCAGCAUUUGCAGGAGAGAAACUGGCGUUGCCCAGGUUUGCGGUGCUCAAAUCAAACUACAAUGACAAGUACUUGCGCUACAUACAUGAAGAUGGGGAGAUGCAUGGGUUUCUCCAAUUCUCUGGAGAGCAGGUUUCCAGUCCAUAUUCGAAGUUCGAAUUGGAGACGGCAAAGACUAGUGGGAAUGGACUUGUGCAUUUAAGAUGCUGUUACAACAACAAAUACUUUGUAAGAUGGUCGCCAAAUGACCGGUGGAUUGUUGCCAAGGCUGCCGAACCAGAGGAAGACCAAUCCAAAUGGUCAUGUACAUUAUUCGAGCCCCUCCAUGUAGAUGAUGGUGCUGCUCAAACAACAAUUGGAUCUGUUGCUCAAACAAUUCGAUUUCGUCAUGUCCAGCUCCACCACUACACAUGCUUAUGGAGGGUAGGAUACCCACACAUAUCAUGCUUAUUCGCAGGAACAACAGAGCCUGACAAACAACAAUGCGAUGUCUACACAAUCAUUGAUUGGGAAGCAUUUACAAGAGAGACAAUAACAUUGCCAAGUUUUGUGGUGCUCAAAUCGAAAAACAAUGACAAAUACUUGCGCUACAUGCAUGAAGAUGGGCAGCAGCAUGGGUUUCUCCAAUUCUCUGGAGAGGAGAUUGUGAGCCCGUACACAAAAUACGAAGUGGUGAUGGCAAAGACUAGUGGUGGGAGGGUAGGAUUUUGGCACCUAAGAUGUUGUUACAACAACAAAUACUUGGUAAGGUGGUCGCAGAACCAUGGUUGGAUUGUUGCCGGUGCUGACGAACCCGAGGAAAACCAAUCCAAAUGGUCAUGCACAUUGUUUGAGCCCCUCUAUGAGGAUGUUGUAGCUCAAACAAUCCGAUUUCGCCAUGUUCAGAGUGGUUACUAUGCAUGCUUAUGGAGGGAUGCCCCUCCACAUGAUUCCUGCUUAUUCAUAGGAUAUUCAACGCUUGACAAGGAUCGAUUCGAUGUCUACACUGUCAUUGAUUGGGAAUCACUGUUGAUAGUACCUAAGCACGUGGCGUUCAAAGGUAAUAAUGGUCACUACCUUAGCACCUGCUGGAUUAAGGGACACCCAUAUCUGCAUUUCUCCUUCAGUGACAUUGGAGAUCACACGGUUGGGAACGAGGUCAUCGCAACUCCUGAUGGAAGUGUUCGCAUAAAGUCUGAUCAUUUGUGCAAAUUCUGGAGGUGCAACAACAAUUGGAUCUUGGCUGAUUCAGAUGACUCCACCAGCAAUAACUCCUAUACGUGGUCAUCAUGUAACUUUUUAACUAGGUUUUUUCGUCAUCAAUCACAAGGAAGAAAGCAAAAGCAAAAGCAAAAAGAAGAAAACAAAUCCCCCGAAUAUGACGUGUUGUUUUGGCCGAUCAAAGUUGACAACAAUGUCGUUGCUCUCCGUAACUUGGGUAACAAGAAGUUCUGCAAGAUGCUCACCGCCGAUGGCAAGAUAAACUGUCUCAGUGCCGCUGCGUCCAGAGUUUCCAGUGCGGUGCACCUAAAGGUGGAGGAAGCUGUUAUCUCAAGGAAGAUAUAUAAUGUCAAUUUUCGCCUUGGAGAUGCCAGGAUUUACGACAAAAGCAUCCUCACAUUGGCCACUGAAGAUGCUAUUAACAGGACCCAAGAACCCAAAACUGUAGACGUCAAGCUCUCGUAUUCAGAGAGCAGAACUUGGAAUUCCAGCAUUUCAUUGAAGUUGUUGGGUGUCAAAACCACCAUCCAAACCCCUGUUCCACUCAUUAUUGCAGAGGGAACAAUUGAGCUUUCGGGUGAAUUUAGUGGAGAUUACCAGUGGGGUGAGUCGUUGACAACUGAUGAGAAGGUGUACAAGGUUAGUGUGCCACCAAUGACAAUGGUGAGGGUGAAUCUGAUAGCGACAAAGGCUUCGUGCGACAUUCCCUUCUCUUACGAGCAGCUUGACACCACCACUCUUACUAAUAUACGACAAAUUACUGAAACCAUGGAUGAUGGCAUUUACACUGGCAGCAAUUGCUUCAACUUCAAGUGUGAGACUGAACAAGAAAAGUUGUGAUGAUAUGUUGAAAAAAAGAAAAGAAAAAAUGUACAGCUUGGCUGAGCUUCUCGGUUGCUCUAUUGCUGGAAGUUUGCGAUGUUGAGGUCUACUCAACCCAGCUUUCAUCUGAUUUAUCGUUUCAUUCAUAUGUUGGGAAAUUCUAUGAUAUGUCCCAGUUAUGACUUUUAUGGCUUUUAAUUACAACCUCUUGAUUGUUAAAAAAAAAUUUACUAACACUUGUAAUGUUGGUUAUAACUUAUGACAUAUUGUUGUUACUUUGGUUAUAACCAAAGAAGUCUUUGGAUAUGUCUCAAGUGAUGUUUGGUUAUGACACAUUGUGAUGUUAAUUAUCACUCAAUUAUGAUUUAUUGUGGUUGUAAUUUUAGUUAUGAUUAUAGAGAUUUUUUAUUA